AUGGCUACCUCGACCACCACCACCAUUUCUCCUGCUGGAAACCAAAUCUCCGUCUACGGCCAGCCGUCUCCCACCAACUCCGCGACCACCACUCCCUCCAACAACUCUCCCACUUCUCCCCGUCUGACCCCGGCGCAACUGCACCAGCUGCCGCUGCAGUCCCGCCAGCUGCGCCCGCCCAAGGGCCCACUGUAUGUCCCCGCGGCACUGCGCCCGACCGAGCGCCAGAAAAAGUCGUCGUCGCCGCCCAUCACUCCGCCGCGCAGCGUCCACGGCUCUCUGGACAGCUUGAACGAAACCGAGGCCACCGAACCCGUCAGCCGCCGUUCCACCAUGGAGAGCAAAUCCAGCGGCAUUAGCAAGGUCGCCGAGGAUGAAUGGAUGAAGCACGAGCACCUGGGUGAAGUGACCGGCCAGCCCACUCGUGAGCACUGGAAAGCGGACUCGGCCUCCCCCAACUGUGAUUCUCCCACUUGCCGUUCCUCGUUUGGCCUCUUUCUGCGCCGCCACCACUGCCGUCACUGCGGCCACGUCUUCUGCUCCUCGCACACUCCCCACCUUGUCCCGCUUGACCAAAAGGCCCGCUUCCACCCCGAGGGCGUCCCCUCGCGGGCCUGUGAUCUCUGCUGGAGCGCCUACCAGCGCUGGGAAGAGACGCGCACCGACCGUCUGAGCAAGAUCCAGAAUUCCAUCAAUUCGCAACAGAGUGGCUCUGAGCAGAUCGCUACUUCCAGCGACUCCGAGGGCCAGACGGGCGCCCUGAAUGCCCAGGCCAAUGUCGGCCAAUCUGCCGAUGUCGCUGCCAGCGUGCCCCGCGACUGGAACUGGAGCACCUUUUGA